ACGGAAGCAGAAGCCACUCCUAAGUUUAGAGAAAACGAAACUUAUCCCACCUGUUCACUCCCAGUUUGUGCAGGAAGAUGGCAGAGGCCAGUAUUGCAGUAGAUGAGGAUCAGUUCAUCUGUCCAGUCUGUCUGGAUCUGCUGAAGCACCCGGUGACCAUAAACUGUGGACACAGUUACUGUAUGGUGUGUAUUUACAAACACUGGGAUCAGGAGGAGCAGAGGGGGGUCUACAGCUGCCCCCAGUGCAGAGAGACGUUCACUCCGAGGCCUGUUCUACGCAGAAACAACAUGCUGGCUGAAGUGGUGGAGAAACUGAAGAAGACAGAAGUCCGAGCUGCUUCUCCUGCUCACUGUUACGCUGGAGCUGGAGAUGUGGAGUGUGAUUUCUGUACUGGGAGGAAACUCAAAGCCAUCAAGUCCUGUUUGGUGUGUCUGGCUUCUUACUGUGAGACUCAUCUCCAACCUCACUAUCAGUCUCCUGCCUUUAAGAAGCACAAGCUGGUCAAAGCCUCCAAACAGCUGCAGGAGAAGAUCUGCUCUCAGCAUGAUAAACUGAUCGAGAUCUACUGUCGUACUGAUCAGACCUGCAUCUGUUAUGUAUGUAUGAUGCAGGAACACAAAGAACAUGAUACAGUUGUAUCUGCAGCAGAAAGAACUGAGAAACAGAGGGAGCUAAAGCAGCAGCAAAGAAAAUCCCAGCAGAGACUCCAGGAAAAAGAGAACCAGAAGCAGGAGCUGAAAAAGACGAUAAACUUUAUUAAGUUCUCUGCACAGUCAGCAGUGGAGGACAGUGAGAGGAUCUUUACUGAGCUGAUCUGCUCCAUUGAGAAAAAGCGCUCUGAGGUAACAGAGCUGAUCAGAGAUCAGGAGAAGACUGAACUGAGUGCAGCUGAAGAACUCCUGGAGCAGCUGGAGCAGGAGAUCACUGAUCUAAAGAGGAGAAACACUGAGCUGGAGCAGCUUUCACACACAGAGGAUCACAUCCACUUCCUCCAGAGUUUCCAGUCUGUGAGUGUCUCUUCUGGAGGUGAGGAUUCACCCAGUGGCACUGUCCAUCAUCAUCUUUCAUUUGAUGGAGUGAGGAAAUCUCUCUCUGAUCUGAAAGAGAGACUGGUGAUAUUCUGCAACGAGGAAUUCAAUAAAAUGAAUCUUCCUAACCAGGCAAAGUGUACAGGUCAACGUAAAGAACUGCACCACAGCAGAAAGAAAGAGAGACGUGGUCAUAGUAAGAUUGAAGUUCCAGUGUCUUUACCCCCAGAGCCAAAAACCAGACAAGAUUUCCUACAGUAUUUCUUUUCGCUGACUUUGGAUCCCAACACACUAUAUCAUAAGCUCAGUGUGUCUGAGGAGAACAAAAUGGUGACAUGGAGAGGAGGAGCACAGCGUUACCCUGAUCACCCGGAGAGAUUUGACCACUGGCCUCAGGUGUUGUGUAAGGAGGGGAUGAGCGGACGCUGCUAUUGGGAGGUUGAAUGGAACAACGGUGGAUGGGGAGUGUCCAUUUCAGUCUCGUAUAAAGACAUUUGCAGGAAAGGAAAAAGAGAUGAGUUUGCAUUUGGAGGAAACAGUAAGUCCUGGAGUCUGCUGUGUUCUUCCAUUCUCUCGUUUUGGCACAAUAACGUUGAAACUAAGAUCCCAGGCCGGUCAUCCUCCAGAAUAGGAGUGUAUGUGGAUCACAGUGCAGGAACUCUGUCCUUCUACAGCGUCUCUGAUACAAUGACCCUCCUACACACAGUCCACACCACAUUCACUCAGCCCCUCUACGCUGGAUUCUGGUUGAGGAAGGGAAUGUUGAAGUUAUGUGAUCCAAAUUAGUCUGAUUAGUAAGUUUUAGUAAUUAGAUUUGAAAGUCAAACUUAAAAGAGGAAACUUGCCUUUCCUGAUAUGCUGACAUGAAAAAAUACCAACUCAUGCACUAAUGCAGAAUUAUGCCAUUGUAAAAGGUGGCAUCUAUCAAUGCAUCAGUUAUUAAAAGUGUAAGAGGUUAGCUGGUUCUAAGUCACAGUAUUAAACAUCUACUCUUAAUUGUAAAAUUGACUGUCAAGUUACACAGUACUUUUUAUUUGAUAUUAUUUUGCUGUUUAAAUGGUAAUUCUUAAUAAAAUGUAUGUACAAAUCAAAUCAGUACAGUAUUAAGUAGUCUAUACAGUUUGUUUUUUAAGGCAAAUGGUUUGUAUGUUUAUGUAAUGUAAAUUAAAUCGAUUUUACAGUGUAGCUGACACCUAACCAUAACUUAAUGUUGAUGCUAUUGUAAAAGUUAAGCUUAAAUACACCAAGACACAGCGGCUGCAUGAAAAUGAUUAGGACUGAAUGUUAUGUUUGAAUGCCUUAGUAUUUUGAAAUCUGGGACAUGUAACAAAUGUAAUGGGAAAUGGGCUCUAAUGGCUUGUUAAUAUUCUGUAAUAACUAAUUGUUUUACAGAGCUUGGCCCAUUACAGUAAAAUUUGUAAACAUGUGAAUCUUAUUCAAAUUUGCUUUAUUAUUGGUAUAUUUAAAUUUUUAAAAAUACAAUCAUUUCCACACACACACACCCACACACAAUGUGAAAGAGAUUCUGAAUAGAAUCCUCAGACCCUCUGUUCUUGGACUCUUUGGAGCAAAGGAAAGACAAAGGAUGCAAAAUAUCUCCUGUGCACUUGUCGGUAUAGGUGGCUCAGCGGUAUAAGCCUCCGGCCUUUUGCCUGUGCAGUCUUGGGAGUGUAGAAGGUUGCCGAUUCAAGACCAGAUCGACGCAGCCUUCUUGGUGUACCUCAAAAUUUUCCCUUUAGUUUGGCUGAGAAGAACAAUACUGAACUAAAAACAAAGAAUGCAAAAGCUCCCCCAAUCACUUGUGGGCUUAGGAGGCGUUAGAGUCCUCUGUCCCUUUGCCCUUGGUUUUUUUCAUAGCGGCAAAGGUUGCGGGUUCGAGAUGGGGGCUUGUUUCACAAAAGCGAUUUGCGACCUUUUCCGCUUGCAGUUCGCAAUUUCUACAGGAAGCGCGUUUCACUAAAAAUAUCGCUCGCAAAUCAGCUGAACUUCAGUGACUACUUCAGAGCUAACGCAAAUCCGGGUUUGCGCUAGCUCUGAAGUAGUUGCAGAAAUUAAGCUGAAUCAUCAGCACUGUAACAGUGUACAAAUUAAAUUAAAUAUUAGGUCUUGUCCACUAAAAUUAAGCAUUUCAAUGUAAAACAGUUUGAUAAGUCACCCAUGAAAACACUGGGAUGUUUGCUACGUGCCACUGCGUUUUAGUUUUGGAGCACAUUUUUGUUCUAACUUUAGAUUAAGCGAUGAUGAGUAGACUGUAUUCAUUUAUAAAUUUAAUUUCAUAUUCUUUUCAUGUGGUUAAUUUAGUGCUCUUACUCAUUGCUACAAAACUAGAUAAAAUUGUAAUAAAUUGUUGAUUUAACACAAAGUAAAUUGAGUAAUUGGUAUUAAACUAUAUUUAAAAUAUUUCACACCCAUUAUUUCUUCAUUAAAUACAUUUUUGGAAUUACUCAUGUUAAAUAAAUGUAAUGGAAACAAACACUAUUUUUGCACUGAAAUUAUGCAUUUCAGUUGCAUCGACAUUUUCCAUUUAAUUUAAAUACAGUUUAUUUUGUGUAGAAAUUGUUUAAUGAAAUCUUACAUUAAAAUAUACAUUUCAAUACAAUACAAUACAAUGUCCAAGUGCUCAACAUAUUACAAAGAUUAUUUACAACACAUCAAAAUUUGUCCCCUUUUUUGCUGAUAAAUGUCCAUAGUCCUUGUCCUUUUGAGUUCCGUUAUGACCUGUUUAAAAAUAUUUUCACUCGUAAUAUUUUGAUUCUUCAGAACAAUUUUCCAUAGUUUUUAUUUUACAAAGCAAAUAAUCAGCCAAAGAGUUUCGCUUUGAGAUAUGGUGAGGCUUUCUUUAAAAAAAUGCCGUAUUUUUUUACUUUUAAAUCAUAAGUAAUUUUUAUUUUGUCGUUUAUUUAAUGUACUUUGUUCCAUACUUACUUUUCGUGAUCUGAAACAAUAAAAAAGGAAGUGAUCUAAAGUUUCUAUUUGGGUACAGUAUGGUAUAGGACAUGUCGGACUGUGUAUUUUAUAAUUCCAUUUUAUAUAGUCUCUUACUGCAAGUCUUUUGUUUGUGAUUAACCGUAUUACAUCUCUAAUGU